CCUUCCUCCUUUUCAGCCUACUCUGAUGCGAUGUUAACCCUCAUGUAGAUGCGAACGGGAUCCACCGUAUCAUAAUCUGAAGUCGUCAGCCCCGACAGCGUGCCAUUGCUGAAUCAUCACUGCGUCCUCAGAAAAUGAUAAAUAGUGAAGUAUCUGGCAAUCCUACAUCGCUCUCGCUCAGCCAUCAUUCCUGAAUUGCUUCAUACUUUUCGCAGAGCGUUCGUGGCUCUCCAAACAACACUGAUCCCUCAUCUUCACCGAACACCAAUGACGAGCGUCGAUCCCAGCUCUUUCGGAGCCAAAACUCUAGCUGUCGAUGUCUGUCGUCGAUACCCUGGAUCCAUCAAGGAUCGAGUGAUCCUCAUCACUGGUCCUACUGUCACGAGUAUAGGCUAUGGUACUGCGGAAGCUGUGGCUCAACUGGAUCCGAAGUUGCUCAUCCUUGCUGGUCGGGAUAUGACCAAACUGGAGCAAGCUCGUCAUAAGCUUCAGAGCAAAGUCAAAGAUGCUCCAGUCAAGCUGCUCAAGUUGUGCUUGACUGAUUCAGCCCAGAUCAAAGAGGCCGUCGAGGAGCUCAGAUCCUGGCAGACGCCGAUAGACGUGGUCAUCAACAAUGCCGCCGUGAUGGACACCCCCUAUGAACUCACUCCUGAAGGCCACGAGCUUCAAUUUGCGACAAAUUACCUUGGUCCUUGGCUUUUCACGCAAUCAAUUAUCCCCCUUGUCUUGGAAUCGAAGGGGAAGAGAGUGGUUAUGGUCUCCAGUGUGGGACACCACAACGGUGAUAUCAGAUGGGACGAUCCAGCAUACACGAAAGGUUACGACAGGAAGCACGCAUAUGGACAGGGUAAAACCGCCGAUAUCCUAUACGCCAAAGAGUUGGCGAAGCGUUUCAGGGGUCAAGGAUUGACUGCUUUCUCUCUCGACCCCGGUGGCAUCUCGACCCCAUUACAAAAACACUGGUCACUCGAAGAAAAGCAAGAGGUUGGGAGGAAGUACGGAGCAUUUCAUCAAGAUGGAACUGUGAACCACGAAGCCGACGUAUGGAAGACCAUCGAUCAGGGCGCGUCCACAACCUGCCGGGCCGCUUUCGACCCUGAUAUCGCAUCUGAGAGCGGUUCCUUCCUCGUCGACUGCCAGAUUCGGAAUGACAAACGAGCCUCGUAUGCUGGAGAUGAUGCUGCAGCGGAGCGCCUUUGGAAGUGGACUAAUGAGUUGAUGGGCGAGAGUUUCUGAAGUCCAGAACUAGUUACUUUCAUCUCGGCUUCUUUCAGACUAUCGUAUCGUCAUUCGCAUGUAGGAUGUACCAGCG